CUUCUUCAAAACCCCUCCAAAUCUGCAAAUCUGAGCCAAAACCAAAUUGCAGGUCCAAGUAAAAAUGUCGUCGCCUUCGCCGCUGCCGCCGGUGAUGGUGACCUUUCCAGAUCUCAAGCACGAGUACAUCAAGACCUCGAAGAACGUCUUCCGACGGACGGACGUGGUGACGGUCGAUGUCGAUGUCGGAGUCGAAGCGCUCCCUCAGGCUGCUGCUGCUGCUCGGCUGGGGCUGCGGGUGCUCGUGCGCCGCGUCCUGGAUCACGCACUCACGACCAUCGUCACCCUCUCAGAGCAGGCCGCAGCGGGACUGAGCCCGCCGUUCUGCCUGCUGGGCGAGCUCGACGCGGCCGGUUUAACCUCCGCGUUCGCUGAGGAACCCUCGGCGCCCAUCUUCAGUGCGGCUGCGUCUGCCGCUGCCACUGUGAAAGGCAGCAGUGCGCAUGCCAACACUACGGAACCAUCGAGCGGAGGAGGUGGCGGAGCAUCGGGCCCGUCGCGCCACCGCUUUGUAACCACCUGCACGCUCAACCUGAACGACGCCCGCUCAAAGCUCGUCUAUGAGCUCGACAAGCACUUUGCACACCGCAAUCGAUGCGAACUGCUCGUGCAGAUCUUCCUCAUCAAUGCUAGCGCUGGUGCACAGUCGGUGCUCUUGGCGUCGGUGGUCUCGCAGCCGUUUGCCAUUCGCGGCCAAGAGCAUUCACGGAGAUUUCAAAAGCAAGGCCGAGCGACCGCCCGUGCUCCGGCAGGCAUGGACAAUGGCACGUCAGGCAAUGCAAUCCACGAGGCAUCGCCACCGGCGCAGCAGCGCAAGCGGGUGGCCCUGAAUCCGGGUUUGGCGAGCGGCGAGGACGAGGACGAAUUUGACACACUGCCCCCGCUCGCGGGAGACGCGCACUUUGGCUUGACGCCGUCGGAGCACGAUGAGUUGCUGGAUUUGCCCGAACUACGCACGUUGAACAGCAUGCCGCCCUCGAGGAAGCGAUUGCUCGAGUUUGAUCCUGAAUUGGCCGACUUGCUUCAGAUGCAGCAGGGCACCGAAUCGCUGAAUGAGUUCUUGAUCUCCGUCCACCAAACACACGAGCCACUGGUGGCCGAGAUGCAGCACUUGUCAACCGAGCCAGUGACACUCUCGAGCCUGACCCCACAGCUCGGCACGGCCACAUUGAGUUUGCUGCACCCAGUCCAGUCGUUUGACAUCAUGUCCCUGGCCGAUCUGAACGCUCUGCUACCCUUCCCCAACGUCGACGCGGCCACUGAUAUGAGCUGUGAUGGCGACAAGCUUCUGUCCGAGUUGACAUCCCCUUUGCACUCGUCGAACUGGUCUUCGCCAGGCAGCUCGCACACCACGUUGGUCUCCCCUCCCUUGCUGCCGAGCGGCGGCUCGGACACAAACUUGCUCCUUGCGCCCGUUUCGCCAGUGUCGGCUUGCACUACCAGCAGCGCCCGUUCGUCGAGCUUGGGUGCUUGUGCGCCAUUAUUGGUCGACGCGUUGCCUUUUUCGCCAGGUGUGUUCCGGUCAACACCCAGCGAACAAUGCGAUCCUACCUCGGACCUCGCUGAAGCUGCACGACCGAGGCUUCUUCUCGCAGACAUGGGCUCUCGCUUGAUUGGCCGCGACGCCGACCGUGCUGCGGUCGUCGAGUUGAUGCGGACUCACCCCAUUGUCGUCCUGUCUGGUGAUGCAGGCGUCGGCAAGUCGGCACUCGCCAAGGCAGUCUGCAACGACGCGUAUGCCAUAGGUCUUGUGGAAAAGGCGACGUGGAACUGCCUCACGAUCGAGCAGUUCUGCACUGUGCGGUUUACCGACCGUCUCUCAUUUUACGAGUCGGUCGCCAAACAGCUCGGCUUGCAGCCCUCCCAAAUUGCACCAUCUGAAAUCGAGGCCAAAGUCCGGCUGCACCUUCGCGACCAUCCGACUGUGCUUGUGAUUGACAACUUUUCGCUGGGCGAGGCCUUCGAAGCCAAGAGCCUUAAAGCCGUUACGGGCCAGACUUCUGCGCUGUCGAAUGGACCUGCGCAUCUCGCCCGGCUAGAGUUGUGGUCCUCGCUCCAGUUUCUGCCCGCCUCAACGCGCGUGAUUGUCACCAGUCGCGAGCGUGGCGUCUUUGGCUCGCUGCUGCGCGCUGUUCCGCACGCCGUCUACACGGUGGGCGCUCUCACCCCCGACAGUGCAUUCCGAGUGUUUGCCAACACGGCGCUUUCGGCUGCAGAGCUCACCUUGACCCCGCAAGACGAACCGCUCGUUCGCCGGAUUUGCGAGCGAGUCUGUUACUUGCCGCUUGCCAUUGAGAUUCUUGCCGGCCAGCUCAUUACAAACUCGCUCUCCCAGCUUCUCGACGACUUGCAAACAUCACCCCUUGCCACGCUGGACGUCGCUGGACCCGCAUCUGGCACCAACGCGUACGGGUUUUAUGCAUCGCUCGGCGUCACGUACGACGCGCUCGACUCUGAAGCCGCCACGCUCUUCUCCAUCAUUGGCAUGAUCGAGGGCCGUUUCACCCUCGAUUUACUUCGCGAGUGUGUUGGUGAGCAAAAGACUUUUACCGAAAUGCUCGAUGUGCAACUCGCCGUCGAGCGACAACAGCAGCAGUCACAGCAGCAAAAGCACGAGCAGCAACAGCAGCAGUAUCAGCAAGACAUGCAAGCGCGAUUUUACAACAUUAGCCCCGAAGAGCAGGGUUUGACUGCGCCCCACGGUGGGGCUCGCCUGCUCAGCUCACGGUACGCUGCCUGCCGGCUUGCGCUCACGAGCGCCAUCAAUGAAGGCUGCAAGUCCUUGGUGCCGUGCUCGGCCUUAUUUGCUCAUUCCGUCCGCAGCUUGCUCGAGCGUCUCAUCCGAUUUGGCCUGGUCAAGCGCGACUCGUCCAGCUCCGCCUUCUACUUUAUGACGGCGAUUCUUCGCCCGUUCGCUCGUUCGAAACUGCCGACGGCCGUGCAUGUGUCCGUGUUGACUCGCUUGCUCUUCUUGUACCGAUACAAGCACGCCGCCCCGCCCGUUCCUUUCAAAUCGCUGGGCUCGAGGCGCGAGUUUGGCUGGAACCUGGGCGAGCCAGACAACCACUACAUGCGAGUGGUGCUGGCGAGUGUCAAGGAGGCGACGCUGGAGAUGAACAACGAGAGUCCCUCGUGUUCAACGAGUGCCGGGUCGUCUCCUGCCGUCGGUACGCCGCACUCUGCAUCUGAAGGCUGUGUUGGCAACGGAGAGCCAUGCGCAGUGGACCAGCCGCGUCGCCCAAUCAUCACCGCGAUGGACGGGACUAUUGUGCCCAACUACGGAGCAGCGUUUGUCGAAAUUGCGGCAGAUCAGUCCAAUAUUCUCCUGAUCAAACAGCAGGUUCCGGCCGCCAUGGAGAUUUACAGCUCCAUUUUCCAGACCUUUGUGACUGCGCGCUCUCGCUUGUGCUCGCAAUCGUUCGUCAGUGCCACGCAACUUGAUGCCGUGCUCAGCUUGUACGAGGACCGAGCAGUCCUUGUGGUGCGGUCUUGUCUUCGCCUCAUUUUCAUGCAUGCGUCCUGCGGCGAAUGGACUGAGUUUGCGCGCUUGGUAUCGUGCAUCUGGGAGCUGCUCUUUCACGCUGUUUCAUCUGGCUUUGUCUCCAAGAACGAGCUGGACCAUUUGGACACACUCAAAACUUGGUACGAGGGUCAACUUGCUGAUGUUUCGACGCCACAAGCCUCGCCAGCCGCAGUCGGGUCUCUUACGGAUGCCGUUCUUCACCGGAUGGCGCAAGACGACCCCAUGAUCCGCACCGCCAUCGGAUCUCUUCAGAUGUGUCUGGGCUUCCCGCUGUCGGUCAAGUUUUGAUCUCCAGUGUGACUUGCUUUGGCUUUAUUGUGUUAGUUCUUGUUGUUUCAAUUUUAGGGUACAGUAACUUUCAGUUUUUUUGGUGUUGUUCACAAAGACAGUACAAUCCGC